AGUGAUUCCAAAUGAGGACAAAAGCCCAAAGGCAAUGUGAUACGACCUGAUAGCGGGAAAUCGGUAGCUUAAUCUGGGAUCCAGAGCAACUUUUUUGCCGCAAUCAACGACACCCUAGUCUCUCUCCACUUUCCUCUCAUCAUCCUCAUCGUCAUCUUCAUCAUCCUCAUUAGCAUCUUACUUUCACCAUAAGAGCCCUGGAUGCAUCAUCAGUAGGAGAUCAUCAUGACCUGAUAAAAAAAAGCUAAACUCGUCUCCCUAGGUCUACAUUCAGUUUGGCUCAUUUCUUCUUCUUCUUCUCUCUGGUGAUGAAGAAGGAGAUGCUGAUGAUUGAAAAAUGUUACAAACUAUCCUAACCUUUCAGUCUUUAUAAAUUCAGAUGAUCGGCAAUUCUUUUUUGCUCAUUUUAGCUGUUGAUGGACAAAGCAGGACCCAAUAUCAGGGUGAAAGGCUUCAAGUGGAAACUUGCAAAACGUUGUACACAAAACAAUCAAUAAACAGAGAAGAUGGAAGGAAAGAGAAAAAAUUACAUUUGAAAAAUUGCAAGGAUUGCAUGAUGAGAUUUUUGGAAAAAUGUUUCUUGCCACUUUACUGCUGUGACGAUGUUGAUGUUUUUUUGCUUCUUUUAUUUAUUCUCUUCUUGUUCUUCAUCAUGCAAAAACCUGCAAUUGCAAGGCCAAAAGUUGAUGAUUACCAUUUGCAUUUUGCACAGCAACCUCAUCAUCAUCAUCAUCAUCAUUCUCCAAAAGCUAAGUGAAAAAAAACAAGUCAGAUUGGAACCAAUCAAGAUGACCUGGUAUAGAAAAAAAGGCCUAACCACAUAAAAAACGAGUCCACCUUAUGUUAAGAUUUACUUUCAUAUACACAGAGGAAAAAUAAGUAAAGAUGAUUUUAGCAUUCCUACAGAUGAGGCCUUUCUCUUCAGAGAAUGAAAAGACCAAGAUUGAAGUAAACGCAAAGUUGCAGUUAACAACAAGAAAGCACAAGGCAACGAAGCAAGAUGAUAAUGAUUAUGAUGUUGAGAAUGAUGAAGCACAAGAAAGAAAUGCGGAGAAGAAGAAAAAAAUGUUGUAGUGAUGAUAAAAGCUCUAUUGUAACAAAAAAGGCCCAUCAAGAAAAUUAUGAUGAACCUGAUGCUGAUGAUUGUUUCAUUUCCAUGGUUGGAGGAGCGUCUCACAUUCAAUUGAAAAAUACUUGAAAUUUUCAUUAAAUUUCAUAUACCAACCAAAAGAUGUCGCUUUUGCAUUUUCCAUUUCAAUUGCAUGGUAAACCUUGAUAUUUGAAAUAAGUGAAACACCUGAAUAAACCGAUGCUUAAACCAAUGAAUGUCUAUAAGUGCAAACCCCGCUUGUGAAAUAUUGCUUGGAUAAUAAUAAUUAUCCUUAUGGCAAGUACAAUUUUUCUUGCUGCAGCAUUUACUUCUAAGCCCUUUUCCAAGUUAGACUUUCAAUGGAUGUCAAAGAUCGUCAGCCUUUACUUUUCCCUCUCUUUUUUUAUGUGUUUAAUUAAAGACAAAAACAAUUAACCCCGGGCCAAACCAUCUUUUCGUUUCCCAGUUUCUUUUGUAAGACUCCCUCAUCAUCUUCAUCAUCAUCUCACCGUACAUCAUUCUGUAUAUAUCUCUCUCUCUCCCUCUCUUCUCUCACGCACACGCUCUCUCGCUUUCAGUCUGAUGGACACAAGCAGACAGGUAACAUCACAGGUAAAUAGAGCCGAGUAACGGAGAAGACAAGCCUCAACAGGUAGUCAAGUUACCUUAUUACUUAUAUUUUUUUCCUUCUUUUUCUUAUCGCUUCUUAUUUCUUAACUAACAUAAUCUUCCAUACUUCGUUAAAAGUAAACAAAACUGCAAACACAGACAAUCACACACACAGUUGAUUUGGUUGUUAUUUUUGUUUUAUUUUGUUUUCUCUCCCUCUCUCUCUCUCUCCUUCUCUCCCUCACUCUCUCUUGCUUGCUUAUUUACUUGUUGAUGUUUCCCUAUUUUUAUUAUUAUUUCAACUUCUUUUCACUCAUGUUUCUGCCUGGAUAAUUUUGGUACCAAAAAUUUCCUUUUAAAGUCAACUUCACUGAAAGUGUCAUAGCCAUUUGAAAAUACCACUACAACCAAGUAACAUCAUCGUUACCGUCACUAUCAUCUUUAUCAUCACAUAUUGUCACUGCCACUACAUUUGUAACUCAUUAGUAAAACAUUUAGUCAUCAUAGUUUUAUUUUAUCACUAUCAUUUGUUACCAACAAUAACAUAUCAACAUUGUUCAGCUCACUCUCUGUUUCUCCCUCUUGAUCCUCGUGUUACAAUUUUAAUUGAUUCAUUAUUCAACAUUUGCAAACAUGAAACGGAACAAGGAUAGACAUCAACUCGCUCAUUCUUCAAGUUUCAGAUAUCGUCGUCCAACAUCACCAUAUCUGGUUGAAGAUGGUGAAUGCAAUUCUGAAUUUGGUUCAACUAUGGUACCAUUUGCAUAUCCACUUGAAGUUGAUACCUCAUCGCCUUCGCCUUUACCAAUUUCACCAGCUUUUCUAAAGCAUCCUCGAGAUCGAUCAAAUAGUAGUUGUUCACUUAACUAUAGAGGUUCACCUUAUGAUUUAAGUGUAAUCUCACCGGACAUACUUAACCCGUUACGACGUAACAGUGAUCCAAGUUCAGCUCCAGCAUUAACAGCCACAGCCUUUACUAUGGCCAAAAACUCUGCUCUCGGUGUUUUAAGUCCGCCUUUACCCAUGGAAGAAGAAUGUGAUCAACCCUUAGACAUGUCCAAAAAAAGUCGGACUCUAUCAUCAGAAUCUCAUCACCAUCACCAACUCGGUUCAACUUCAUCAUCUUCCUCAUCAACAUCCUCAAGAUCAAAUACUUGCUCUCCCGAAUCAAUUUACAGGGGAAAUCAUGUCAACAACAAUAGUUAUAAUGGACUUAGACAACAACAAAUGCUAAACCAUAGCAUACACAGCCAUCAUAAUCAUCAUCUGAAUCAACCUCAUCUUUAUCAAUCACCUUCAUCUAAUCAUCUUUCAAGUAACAAUAUCAUUAAUCAUCAUAAUCUUAUCAAUUCUCAGGAUGGUAAUCCUCAUCUGCAACCUCGACCUUCCGUUAUUACUUGUGCAUCAACCCUUUUCGGGCCUAGAAGAUCAAAUUCUAGCUCUCAUCAUCAGCAAGUAUGUUCAAACAACAGGAAUAUUAAGGAUGAAACACCUGAUCAUUCACCACCCUCCUAUCAUCAUCAUAUUCAAGCAAAUUCGGGUUUAACUAGUUCGGACAAAAUUUUGCAUACAACUUCACCAAGAUCAUCAUCUCUAGCAUCAUCUUCAUCCACCUCUUCAUCGUCUUCUCUAUCAUCCUCAUUGUCAUCAACCUCAUCAUCUUCAUCUUCUUCCUCGACAUCAUUUAGACAAUCCAUUAAACAAUCGCAAAUGCAACGACAUGAAAUUGCCAAUGAUUUAAUCAGUAAACCCGGUAAAAAGAAAAUCGAAGGACCAAAUAAAUUAUUAAUCCUCGGUGAAGAUUCCGAUUCAGGUAUUGAUGAGCAUUUCCGCAGAUCUCUCGGUGAACAUUAUCGUAGUUAUACCAAUGUUUCAAUGAGUGUUGAUGACCAUUUUGCAAAAGCAUUAGGAGAUACUUGGCUGAAGCUGAAAAGAGAUUCGCAAAAUGGAUCCAAAGGAACUUCAUACAAUAAAAAUGUUCCAAGUGUUCCAUCAUAAAGAAUCAGAUAUUUCAAGCUUUGAAUGAUUUAAGUAAAAAAGGGAUCCGUUUUUGGCCACUUUAUUUAUUUAGGCUUCUUAUUGAUGUAACUAACGCAUUGAUUUUUUAUAAAAUGUAUAAAUUUUUAAAGAAAGAAAAAUGUUCAGAAAGAAGAAAGAAAAGGAAGACAAGCAAAGUUCAUACGCCUUGGAGCAAGAAAACGAGGAAAAUUGAGAAAAACUUUCCGUUCUGUCCAUCCUUGGUUAAAAUAUCAACAUAAUUGACGUCGUUUAUACUUUUUUUAUGCUUCGUUUUUUUGCUGUUGUUUCUAAACAAGUUAUUAAAACAAGAAAAUGAGUUACCCUUCUGAUAAGUACUCAGUUGCUUCGGAUGGACUGAAUGACUUGAAGCAAAACGAAUCGCUGAAGAUGCAAAAAAUGGAUUCCAUUGCUAUUGAUCUUUCAACUUAAUCAACAUAUUUCUGCUGCUCUCAUCUUUAUUACUAAUUGACGACUGUUAAAACGAUCUUAUGCUUAUUCCUCUUUUUAUCUUUCUCCUCAAUUUUAAAUACUUUCAUUAUCACUUAAA